CACCGUAUAAGCGAAUUGUAAUUUGCCGUUGUUGUAGUUCAGAAAGGCGUGUGGAUCAUGUAAACCCUAGGUUUUUCCAGUUUUAAAAUAAUUAGGUUUUCCUUCUUUUUCUUGGAUGUUUGGAAGUGAAUCGUCGUGAUGGAUGACUGUGGAAGUAAUUUUGCGCAAUGGAAGAAUCAAUGCUUGGCUAAAAUGGACCUGAGUAAGAAGGGCAGUAUAGACGAGGACAUUCAGGAUGUGGUCCGUUUCAUUAAUCUUUCCGAGAAUUUCUUCACAACAAGCUCCUGCUCCGGACGAAUAAUACUUAUAGACGGGGCCUCAGACUGUCAAGAUGUACAGAAGCAGAACUGCUCCUGGCUUUUUGUCACACACCAGAUGUGCCAUAAGUGUGAUGUGGUCUCUGGGCUGGAGAGGUCGCAAGGAGAUGCAGUCUUCAAGUUUGAGCCCUUUGUCCUCCAUGUGCAGUGUAAACAGCUGCAAGAUGCACAACUCCUGCACUCUUUGGCAAUAAAUUCUGGCUUCAGAAACUCUGGUAUAACCAUUGGCAAGAAGGGUAAAAUUAUGAUGGCUGUGCGCAGCACACACACAUUGGAGGUUCCAGUGAGCCACAAAGGACAACAGCUCGUGGAUGACCACUACAUUGACUUCUUGGUGGAGGUGGCCAAUCAGAAAAUGCAGGAAAAUCUCAGAAGAAUUAAAAGGUUCUAUGAUAGCUUAAAAUCUGCUAUGCAUCCAGAGAAACUGCACAGUGAAAUGCCAGAUGUUGCAGAGAAAAAAUCGGUCUACAAGCGAAGAAGGAAAAGGGCCCAAGAACGAUCUAAAGCAGCUUUGUGUCAAAAUAUCAAAGAAAACACUUCAUCUGGUGAAAGUGAUGGACUUGACAGUGGACUCGAUCUGUUCAAAUAGAUGCUCUCCUGUUUUUGAGGUUGUGACACUGUAGCCUGAAGUUAUAUUUAUUUAUUGGUAACCCAGUAUGCUUGUUCAUAUUUGGUGGUUUUCUAAAACUGUACAGGAGAUAAUGGGAAAACUGUACAUAAUAUUUUUAAAUAUUCGAUUUUGCUAAGUUUUUAUAUAAAACAAGUUUGGUGACUUCUCCCUAAACCUUUUUGUUAUGAAGGUUUUUAAAAUAAGGUGACCAUACCCUUUCAAUUUUCCGGUAUUCUUAUCUUGUUUGUUUUUUAUUUCCCCGUCACCAAAUUUAAAGUUGGAGACAUCGGAAACAUUAAAAUUUUGCAUUAUAUGUUUAACAUAUGAACUGGUAGUGUAUACAGCUGUGAUCAUACUGUCUAGUGAUGUAGAUAUCCCUGGGACUCUUCUCUAGGCUGUUGGUUCAUCUGGUAAAAUUUAGGUUAAAAUACAUUACAUCCAGCUACCACUUGUCCCCAAUCCCAGGAGUAAACUCUCGGUAUAGAGAUCUGUCUUCUUUUUUGACCAGAUAUGUUUUCCUCUGGCAAGUUUUCCAUGAUCUAGAGCUAAGUCUUACCAUCAGACGAGUACAGUACUUGAACACGUGUCAUAGAGAGAUGCCGACAAUGGUAUAUGAAGUCAUAAAGACAGGAGGACCUGCAUACUAAAUGUAAGGGGAAAUACAAUAGCAUGCUCACUCAUAUCAACUGCGCUUGCACACUUAUUAAAGAUUAAGUGUUCUAUCACACUGCUGUAAAGUUAUUUACACCCUUUCUAUUAUAGAAGUGAACAGUAAUUGCACGCUUGCUCUUGAAGCCUGGAACGACUCUCCACUUCACUACUGUUUGCUCUCAAUCUAAAUGAGUACUUUUAUGUCAAUUUUUAAUGGCUAAAUUGCCUGUUUCUGCUUGCAUUCACAGGGCAUGAAGUGAGUAGGUAUAAAAAGACGUCGCGAUAACUCAUCGAAACUUCUAAGCCUGUAACACAGAGAGCAAAAGGGGCCUCGCUUCGUGGCGUGAGACUUGUUGGUGUGUUAUCCAUCUCUGACAAGCUGUCUUUCCUCCAACAAGAACCCUUUGAAUCAAACGCUAUUACUUCUGGACCGCUCCUCCAUGCCUCAUUUAGGAGCCUUGCCUCAUUAGCUGCUACAUACUGCCCACGCUUCUAAUUUGCAUCAAUUAAUAUCCAUUCCACAUCUUACAGCUCGGCUGCGUGUGUAUCUUAGAUUACACUUUUCCGUUGCAAUUUCACAGUUGAUGGUCUAUUAAUAUUUUAACAGUACACAUUUUCCCUCUGGGAUUUGUUUCAUCUACAUUGUUGCCAUGAACGUAAUCAACACCAACGAGUUUAUCGGGUGUAUAAGACAGUAGUAAACAUUGCUUUUAUUGGUCUGUGUUAGCCAGCCAAAGGCUUUUAGUUUACAUUCAGUUGGCAGCAAGUUUUUUUUUUUUUUUUUGAUGUAGUGCAGCACAUGUUUGGUCCAGUAGAUGGAGUACCUGCCCAUUUAAAAGGUUCAGAGGACUCAUAAUAGCAAAAUACAAAAUUACAAAAACAGUUUGCGGUGCAGUAAGUAGUACAUUACACUGUCACCACUAGAUGUGUGUUCUUGUUAUCUUUGCAUUGCAU